AAAGCAUUGUCGUUUAAUCUCGUCACAAGCGUGGCAACACUGUCGCCGCAUAAAUGCACAGUCCACACACAACACAACACAACACAACACUAACCUCACUCUCUCUCUCAAACAAAAACUGCUCUUCGUCUCUUCAAUCUUCAAUUCCUUCCAUUUCUUCCAAAAUGGCCAAAGACCCAGUUCGUGUUCUCGUCACUGGUGCUGCAGGGCAAAUUGGUUAUGCACUUGUCCCUAUGAUCGCUAGGGGAGUGAUGCUCGGUCCUGAUCAACCUGUGAUCCUUCACAUGCUUGAUAUUCCACCAGCUGCUGAGUCAUUGAAUGGAGUUAAAAUGGAGUUGGUGGAUGCUGCAUUUCCACUUCUUAAAGGUGUUGUUGCUACAACUGAUGUUGUGGAGGCAUGCACUGGAGUCAAUAUUGCCGUCAUGGUUGGUGGAUUCCCAAGAAAAGAAGGUAUGGAGAGGAAGGAUGUUAUGUCUAAGAAUGUAUCUAUUUACAAGUCCCAGGCUUCUGCCCUUGAAAAGCAUGCUGCUGCCAACUGCAAGGUUCUGGUUGUUGCUAACCCAGCAAACACCAAUGCAUUGAUCUUGAAGGAAUACGCUCCAUCUAUUCCAGAGAAAAACAUUUCUGCUUUGACCAGACUUGAUCACAACAGGGCAUUGGGCCAAAUUUCUGAAAGAUUGAAUGUUCAAGUUUCUGAUGUUAAGAAUGUCAUAAUCUGGGGUAAUCAUUCAUCAACUCAGUAUCCUGAUGUCAACCAUGCAACUGUUAACACCCCUGCCGGGGAGAAGCCUGUCCGUGAACUUGUCUCUGACGAUGCCUGGUUGAAUGGAGAAUUCAUAUCUACCGUUCAACAACGUGGUGCUGCAAUUAUAAAGGCGAGAAAGCUUUCAAGUGCACUAUCUGCUGCUAGCGCUGCUUGCGACCACAUUCGCGAUUGGGUUCUUGGAACUCCCCAGGGCACCUUUGUUUCAAUGGGAGUGUACUCUGAUGGUUCUUACAAUGUACCAGCUGGACUCAUCUAUUCAUUCCCUGUCACCACUUCUAACGGGGAAUGGAAAAUUGUUCAAGGACUUUCAAUUGACGAGUUCUCAAGGAAGAAGUUGGACUUGACAGCUGAAGAGUUGUCCGAGGAAAAGACUUUGGCAUACUCUUGCCUCUCUUAGGCUGCUUUCUUUUGUGUCUAUAGAAGUAGUAGCUUCAGUUUUGAAUAAUGCUCCUUCUAGUUAUAACAGAUGAACUAUGUGUGUCUCUUCUUUGGAAUUACUUGUAUUGCAAGUCACGGUUUUUAGCCAUGGUGGUGAUACAAGAAUUUUGAUGUGUGUUGUGACUGCACACGUGUGCAACCACAUACAUCUAAUCCUUGUGAUGUAUUAUGGAAUUGUAUUGCAAAAUAAGGCCAUCAUGAAUUGUUCAUCAUGAAGUUAGAGAACUUUUUAUAAAAAGGCUAGAGUUCAUUUUUCAUA